AUGGCCGGAUCUAUUCAUCCUCAUUCCUCUUUCAGAUAUAAUGACAAUGGCCGAUAUUUCACUCAAGAGCCAUCUAAACCUGUAGUUAUAUUCCACGACUAUACAUCGCAGCGCAUUCCUACUCCAGAUUUGUUGAAACCAACUUUGAAUAAACCAGUUGUGCAAGAUACACAAACUACAGCUUUACCAUCUAACCAAACCAAAGCCUCGCGAGCAUCAGACUUGUCACAGCUCACUGGAUGUACACAUUCAAGAGAUAAGCCAUUACAGCUACCAAAUUCUACCUCCAAGCCAUCAAAAAAAUCAUUGACAAAAAACCCUGCCAAUUCAAAAAGCUCUAAACCAACCAAGCACAAUCAUAUACUUUAUAAAGUAGACAAUAAUUCUCAAAUUCAUAUUCCCAAUCAAGUCCUACACAAGCAUGCUCACAAAAAAGGGCCAACAAAUAUCUGGAAUUUUAUCGACACGUAUCCGUCUCUAGCAACCAAACUUCUUUCAUCAAAAAAAGAGAUGGUAGCUGCACAGAUCAUUCGAGCGCACGAGACAAAAAUGCAUGCUAGACAUGCACGUGAAUGUAGACAGUUGGACGAAGCAAAUCAAAAAGUGCUUAAUGAAGUCAUGCAGCGACGGAUAGAUAUUGACGAUUGCUUGAUUAAAAAAGUGGAUGGCAUGAGUGAAGAAGUUCGGGAAGCUGUAGUCAAGGAUUUGGCAACUCGAUAUCCGUUAAGGGAAGCAAAAAUCAGACGCAAAAUGGAUCAUGCUAACCAGAGUGUACAAAAUCGACAUAAAUCUGUUUCUGUUCAUCACGUUGCCAUCAAGUCUAAAUCUGACCAGCCUGAACAUCAAUUACGCACAAUUCAAAACGUCAACAAGUUGAUGCAUGUAGGUCAACAUGGUAUGAGAGAUCAAGCCAAUAAGGCUGAGACUAAAAGUAGUUUACGCCGUAUUUUACAUUCUGUCUCCGACUCGAAUCUACCUGUGAAAAUUCAAUCGGCUCAGAUUAAAAAAAAUGAAGGUGUGAUGCAGCAAAGCAAAGAACCAAGAUCACCUGCAAGAGUAUUGCCAGCUUGGGGAAUCAAUGGCGUUUAUGACUCUGAUACGGCUAGUCUUGUUCCAGACGAGAAUCGGUCUUUUGAAAAUGCAAUAAAACAUGAUCGGCAAAGCACCCUGUCGCUUAAUGUUGACAACACAUUAAAGCUUGCCAAUGAAGACUGUAGAUUGAGCCUCGUGGAUGGUUCAGUUAUUGACUCGAGUCCUUUAAAUUCUGACAAAAAGGAGCAUAAAGUCGACGAUGUGGCAUCCCAACUGGAUCUUUUUGUGGCAAAUACACAACGGUCGGAAAAAGUAGCCAAAGCAUUUUUAUCACUGGACCAUUCAGCAGAGCAUAAUAGUGGUGGCUCAGAAUUGACUCUAGAUAUCAGGGCUCAAUAUGUGCAAUUUAGAGAUGAAUUACAAAGCAAAAUAGUGCAACUUAUGGCAAUGUACAAUUCGUUUUCUCAAUACAUUGAUGAUGUCGUGGAUGAGGAACAGAUGCGACGAGAAAAAAUACAGCGUGAUGGUUCGUAA